AUGGUGGGCCGCAUUGUGGCCACAGCGGGGGCUGUGGCAGCAGCUGCCAUGGUUGAUGUGGUGCAUCCACGCAAAGAAGAAAUGGUCAGGCAUCAUCCGAUGUAUGGCCGCACUCUGACCCAGGAGGAUUGGCCCACUCUGUCCGAUAUGAUCCUUCGCGCGCGCAAGCUACAGCUGGGAGAGCGUAUGGUGUGCCUCAUAGAAGGUGAAGAGGAUAUUCGCGCCAAAGAAUCCGCCUUUUGGGAUCUCGGUGGGGAUGUCUUCCAGUUAACUUUCCGGACAAAGCGCCGGGAUGCACUGUACUUCCCCAAGUCGCUGCUGGCCGAAGGGCGAAACUAUUUGUUUGCUGCAGCGGCUGUAUGGGAGCUUCAGCUAGGACAGCGAUAUCUUUACUACAUCUUGAUGGACGCUGAUGCCGAGGUGGAUGAUUGGUCCAUCGGCUGGCGGGACUUUCGCAAUUUUCUCCUCGACUGGCAACCGGCGGUGGGUCUGCCGGAGCUCUUUGAUUAUCACCAGAUCUUGUACGAAUAUCAGGUGACGGACGAAUCCGAAGUGCGGACGGUGCUGAAUUUCGACCAUACUGUUGUGGCAGUACAUUCUGACGCUUCCAUCUGGCUGCUGCCCUACGUCACCAAUCUGGAUGAGUUUUGCCAAUGGGUCUCCCAAUGGAGAUUUUCCUCCCUGGCCAACGCCUUGUUUCCUCAACACACGGUGCUCACACACCGACUCUCCGUGAAAAAUCCACACCAUGCGUCCUACAGCAAGUCCAGGUGCUUAGAUCUCAUGCUGAAUGUCACAGAGGAACUGCGCGCGGCGGAGCCCGUAGAGUUUCACAGCUGCUUCGUGGAACCUUCCAAUCAGGCCCUGAUCGUGGAUGGCCUGCCACGUCUCACAGCAUAUCUGCCCUGGUUCUCGCCCUUGAAACGACGACCCAAGCAGAACUACAGCCAUCGGCCGCGGCUCCAAAGUUGCGACAACCAACAGGUGGUUCAGGCCUUGGCGCAGAGUUCCAAGGAGGACGACGACAGUCACAGCUACUCCUGGUGUCGCGGCUGUCAUAUCUCGGUAGCCUUUGCGGUGCUUCAGACCAUUGUGGUUACCAGGCCCUUUGUCUUCACUGGUUGGUUAAAGUUAUCCAACAUCCUGGCGCUGGCCGCGGCGCAGCGGGAAGACCUGGUGGUGUCGCACGUGGCCUUCGUGGUGGCCUCGCGCCUGUUGUGGUGCGCUGAGGGCAUCCGAGGCGCUGAGAUUAACGUGGAGGAGUUAAUGCAGUUCUGGGAGGGUCACGAACAGCACGGCAUUCUGCUGGCGCGCAGCUCGGACACACUGCAGGAGAUCGAAGACUCGGUGCUCCGUUUGGGCAAUCGUGUGAUCUACAACGCAGUGCGGGCUGCACUCUCUCCAUUUGAAGAACGAGUCCCAGCCGGACAAGCAUCCAUGAUCUCGGAUGAGACUGUGGAGAUGUUGGUGAACAUCAUGAGACACUGCGAGGAGCCGGGGAAGUAUUUCGUGCUCCUCAAGGACGACGCCUGA